AUGGCCUCAGCCUACGCAAUGCCUCCCUACCAAGGUAACACGCAUCUCCCUCCCAUCAACUACUCGCAGCUGCCUCCUGCGACUCAGAACUACAUCCCUCAACAAUACCGCAAUGACCUGCCACGCUACACCUCGGCUCCCUCAGCUCCCUCAGUGGCCUCUCCAGCUCCCGACCAUAGAUACCAGGCACACAUGAACUCUCAAGGUCCUAUGUCGGGUCUUCCUCCCACUUCUGCGCUGCCUCAACCCCAUCUACCACCCCAGCAACAGCAGCAGCAGCAGGCCCAACAACAGGCUCCUCCACAGAACCACCAGGCCUACCCGGGUCAACAGCCAGCACGACAAUCAUACCCUCAACCUUUGGCUCCUGCUCCUCCUCGACCAAACCUCGAUCCCUUGGCUCCACAUUAUGGCCAGCAAGACAAUCGUCAGCAGCCCUGGUCAGGCGCCGAGUCGAUACCAAGCAUGCAAGCGGACAUUGGUCGAGAUCCUACCAGAACCCAUGUUGUUGGCUCCCAGGGUAGAAGAGGCAUCCUACCAAGCGCUCCAGGUCGUCCGCCGGUCAUGCCUAAUGGUGUCAACGGCUCACCCAAGAGCAGUGCUGUACCCCAGAAGGAUGCUGAUGGCAAAUUUCCAUGCCCCAAUUGCACAAAGACUUAUCUGCAUGCAAAGCAUUUGAAGCGACACAUGCUACGACACACUGGCGAUCGUCCCUACAUGUGUGUACUGUGCAAUGACACUUUCUCCAGAAGUGACAUCCUCAAGCGCCAUUUCCAAAAGUGUUCAGUCCGUCGUGGUAACCCGACUGGAGCCAGUCAUCUCUCCAACCCAGCUGCACAUAUCAAGAAGUCGCAACAACAGGCUGCGAAGGCUGCAACGGCUUCGCCUGCAAGUGCCACAACUCCUCAGAGUGCAGUCAUGGCAAACCCUCCAUUCACCAGUGCUCCAAUGUCAAACACAUCUGCUCCCACCACCACUGGCCCCGCACAGUCUGGUUUGGCUUAUGCGAUUCAGCCCAAUGGUCAACCAGAUCUACAGCGUCAGGGUCAGCCCAUUCAACCUGGUUCAGGCCCUGGUGGAAUGGACCCAAAUGGCAACCCAUCUUGGCCAAUGCACAACCCUAGAAACAACCAAAUGAUGUAUCACUCGACUUCAACUCCUCCCGACCAUUUUGGCAUGCAGCCCGGUGGAGGUGAGGACAAGCGCAAUGUCAUGCCUGGUGCACACCACAUGGGAGACGAAUGGAACCACAUGUUCCCCGGCGGUGGCAACGAGGGUUACAUGAACCCCAUGUUUGGAGGCUAUGACCAGUCUCAGAAUGAUGUGAAGAAGGACUAUGAAUCUCAUGAAGGUGGAUCGAAUGGUUAUUACAUUCCCUCUACGAGCCUUGGAGCUGACGGUACGCUUGGACCCCCUCUUUGGAACCCGCAUGCAUCUCAGCGAGAUUUGUUCCAAGCGAAAGUGAACGCGCUAUUAACGUUUGUUUUCCCUGGUGGGCUACAGGAAUCGCUCCAAGAGCAACAAAAUAAUCCCCACAUAACAUCUUGCCUGACCGUCGACGCUAUCCAACACUUUCUCGAUCUUUUCCCAAACUUUCAGGGCCAUUUCCCCUGGCUCCAUUUGCCAACCUUCGAUUUUUUGAAUGCCUACGAUGGCCUCGUCCUUGUCAUUAUUUGCAGUGGAGCAGUGUACUCCGACAGAAUACCUCAAGAUCAAGUUCGUCUGCUGAUGCAAUGCGUCAAACAAGCUCUGGAACGAAACUCGCGCGUUCUUCACAAUCUCGAACUUGGUUCAUCCCACGCUCAUUUUUCCACGUCCGGUACCGAAUUCGAGGAACUUCUUGCUCUACAAAUCCUCCAAAGCCUGUUCGUUUGGCACGGUGGUCCUGGUGACCGAGCUGUUGCUCGCAAUGAGAGUAGACGCAUCAUGUAUCUGGUUCGACAGUUCAAUAUGCUUACUCUGGUGGGGCCAGAAGAUCCAGUCGGUUAUAGUUAUCUUCACAGUCUUCAACCGGGUGAGGAAGCUGAUCCCUCUCGCUGGGAGUGGCGUUCAUGGGUCGAACAGGAAAAGCGCUCUCGACUGAUGUUUAUGGUUUUCUUAUGGGAUGCCGCAAUGUGUAUUUAUUUCAAUGUGGCACCGCAUUUCUCAUGUGCCGAGAUCAAACUUCCUCUACCCUGCGAUGAUGCAGCUUGGGAUGCUGGAGAUGCAGAGACCUGUGCACAGGCGUUGGGACUUCGUGGUCCAACUGCACAAGCUACGAUCAACCAAAGCGGAUCUCUACGACUGAAACAACUAGAGUUGCACCACGCUGUGAGCGCUCUGCAUAGUGUGUCGGUGCUCAUGCAACCCCGCACUACCAAUGUCUAUUCCAAGUUUAUCAUGGUCCAUGCCCUUAUCGUUGAGAUUUGGCAGUUGCAGCGCCAAACACUUCUUGCGAGCUCCGCUACACCUCAGGCGCUUGACGCUGCAUCGACCUUCUCUGUUACAGCCCAAACCAAUCAAGCAUACAACUCUAUCACCGCUGCUCUUGGUCGAUGGAAACAUGCAUGGGAUGAGGAUUAUACACUUCAGUACCCGCGUGGCGACGGCUACCGAUCCGGUCCAAAACGUGUCGGUUUCUGUCGCGACGGUGUUCAUUUCUACUGGCUUGCACGAGCUAUCUUGCAACCCAGUCGUAUUGCUGAUUGGCAACUCGGCGCAGAUCAAAAGCUCGGACAAGUACUACACGAUUUGCAGCGAGCACGCGAAUGGAGUCGGACCGACGGAGCUCAACGAGGAGAAGAACCAGGAAGUGUGGCGUUUAUCGAUGAUGACUAUGCUUCCACUACACUUGAACUGGACAUGAAAAAACUCUUCCGACCGUUGCAGAGUUUAUCUGACAGCCCCCUUCCAGCAACGCAGCGCUACCAAUCACGUUUCUCAUAA